AUGUGGGGCCAGUGUAUUAGCCAGUUUCAAGAGUCAAUUCAUAAGGGAACGAAUUUAACACCAACACGGGAAUUCAUGCAUCUAUUAAGCAGUUGGAAGGGAGAAGCAGGAGAACAAAUAAGUGAACUCAUGGUAAAUGAAGGAAAUUAUGCGCUGGUCAUAGAGACUUUGUACGGACGAUGUAGCGACAAGAAACGAGAUGAAGGGACUAUGACGGACAGUGGAAGAAUUGUCAAGCACCCAAAAGAAAAGAUGAAGACCGAAAGAGACCCUGAACAGAAACCGCUGGAACAAGAAGUUGAAAGGCUUAAUAGGCAGGGCAAAGAUGCAGCAGGCAAGAUCAUAUGCGACAAGGAAUUGAGACUUUGUGAAUUGUGUUUGAGAGAACGGCCACUCACAAGAAAAUUGGAGGCGGAGGAUGAAACGUUUGUAUUGCGAUCUAGCCACAAUAGCGCUUCAUGUAAGGGACACGGCGGAAGAGAGCAUAGCAAGAAUUUUAAAAAGCGGGCGGAAGCAAACCAAACGCCAAAGAUAGUGGCAGCCACUUUGCGGAUUAUUGCAUCAAGGAAACUCAUGGUAAACAAAUUGAAUUUGAAGCGCAUCGUCGAGUGUAGGAAUGUUAAUAACAGGAAUGGCGGACACAAGGAAGUACGAGUGCUGAAAGAUAACCUUUGGUGUUCAACCUUUGGUGUUCAAAUGUUAUCCGAGAAUGUGGGAAAUAUCCAAGCAUGCACUGUUGAUUUAGUACUCGAACGCAUACCGUGUAUGACAAACGACAAAAGCGAGGAACUGGAAGAAGGGGAGUGGGGAAAGUCAGAUGUAUUAGUAGGCGUGGGAGGGAUUGAAAUUUUAAUUCGUAAUUUCAUAAAGCACCCCACCAGGAUGAAUGAUUUCGGAAACAGAAAUAGGAGUGGUCAAAGGCGGCAAAGGGAAAGUGACAUAAGGAAUCGCUUGCUACGAACAAAGAAGGGAGAUGUGGAGUUGGCCAAGAAAGAACCAAGAGAUCGCGCCAGUAGAAGGAUAUGGACUGAUACGGAGAACGGCUACGAUCCACAAUGCGAAGACUGA